UGUCAAUCUGAAACAUAUCCGCGAUUUCGUAUCUAUCUGUUAAUCCAUCUCCGACUCGCUUUCUUUUCUCCGUCUGAAAAUGGGCACAGUGGAAGGUCUCCAGCCGAUAAUUCACGCCCAAAUUUCGUUGAACUGGCAAUUGAAUCCCAAGUACUUUUACCGGCAGACAAUAGCCUCUUGCAAUCGUUGUUGGCUUUUCCAAGGGAGUUCGAGUAAUUUGAUCGUUAAUCCUUCGUUGCUCGGAGCUCAGCCUAGGGUUUCUUCGACUUUCCUGCAGAACAGGUGCCUCAGAUUUAGAGGGAUUAUAGUUAGGGCUAAUAGUUCAUGUGAACAAGGCACUGAUUCGAAUGACCCAAAGGAUGCUACUACCACUGAGAGCAAAUCAUCUCCGGGUUCCGGUUCAAGUUCGGGUUCGUCUCGGAAAGAAAGGCAAGGGAAAGGGGACUUGUGGUGGUCGAAGUGGCGCUGGCAACCCAUAGUUCAAGCACAGGAAAUCGGAGUGUUAUUGCAAUUGGGGUUAGUUAUGUUCUUCAUGAGAUUGCUCCGUCCAGGGAUUCCUUUGCCUGGGGUGGAGCAAAUGGCACCUCUUGCAGUUGUAAAUGUUCCUUACAGCGAGUUCUUGAAUAAGGUAAACACAGAUCAGGUUCAGAAGGUGGAGGUUGAUGGAGUUCACAUCAUAUUCAAGUUGAAGAAUGAAGGGAUGAGUGGCGUGGUUGAGAGCGAGGCUGGGAGUGGGAGCAGUAAGCUGCAGGAGUCUGAGCACACCAACAGGCUUUUGUACACCACAACACGGCCUGAUGAUAUCAAGACUCCUUAUGAGAAGAUGCUGGAGAAUAACGUGGAGUUUGGGUCACCAGAAAAGCGUUCUGGCGGGUUCCUGGGCUCAGCAUUGAUGGCUCUUUUCCAUGUUGCUGUCCUAGCUGGUCUUUUACAUCGGUCCAAUGUGAGUAUGAAUGCAGCUGGUCAGCUCAAGACCCGUAAAUCUGGGGGUUCUAAAGGAGAACAUGUGCGUGAGCAAGGUGACAUUGUCACAUUUGCUGAUGUUGCAGGUGUUGAUGAGGCCAAAGAGGAGCUAGAAGAAAUAGUGGAAUUUUUAAGGAAUCCUGACAGAUAUACACGACUUGGUGCACGUCCCCCGCGAGGUGUUCUCCUGGUAGGCUUACCUGGGACAGGUAAGACACUCUUAGCAAAAGCUGUUGCUGGAGAAGCUGAUGUUCCCUUUAUCAGUUGCUCUGCAAGUGAGUUUGUAGAACUGUUUGUUGGAAUGGGGGCAUCUCGUGUGAGGGACCUGUUUGCUCGUGCAAAGAAAGAAGCUCCAUCAAUCAUAUUUAUAGAUGAGAUUGAUGCUGUGGCUAAGAGCCGUGAUGGUAAAUUCCGAGUUAGCAAUGAUGAAAGAGAGCAGACAUUAAACCAGCUGCUUACAGAGAUGGAUGGGUUUGACAGUAACUCUGCUGUUAUUGUUCUUGGCGCUACUAAUCGUUCUGAUGUGUUAGACCCUGCCCUUCGACGCCCCGGAAGGUUUGAUCGCGUGGUUAUGGUGGAAGCACCAGAUCGGACUGGUAGAGAAGCUAUUCUCAACGUACAUGUAUCGAAGAAGAAACUUCCUCUUGGUCAAGAUGUCGAUCUUGGUGAUAUUGCUUCUAUGACGACUGGUUUUACUGGGGCAGACCUUGCAAAUUUGGUAAAUGAGGCGGCUUUAUUGGCAGGACGGAAAACUAAGCUUCUGGUUGAAAAGUUUGAUUUCAUUCAAGCAGUAGAACGGUCAAUUGCGGUCUCUGUCUCACACUCUCUCUCCCUCUCCCUCCACUUUAUGUUUGCGGCACACACGCUCACUCACAGUCUCACCAACACACACAAACACUGCACAUAUACCUGUUUGUCCCUUGGAUUCUCUAAUUUUUCUUGGAUUUAUAUCUUUGAAAUCUUUCAUAUCUUGGAUUUCUCUCAUUUUUCCAGUCUCUGAAACUUCUUCAGGUCUUGCGCUUUACUUACG